AAAGAGUGGUGUGAGGAAGGAGACAGUGCAGAGAGAAAGAGGAGAGCGCAGAUGAAAGACUGAAAUAAAAAUAAAAACAGUGGCCAGAAAAAGAGCUAGAACAAGUGCUGCCAAAAGGCAAGACAGAAUCAGAGGAGAAGAUGCUGCUGCAGCCGAGCAUCCGCUCCUGACUUCUGAGGAGUUUGGACUCAGAUAUGACUGAGAUGCAGCAUCUUAGUGUUUGAGUCACAGCAUCUCCAGUUAGUGUGCGUGACAGUGUGUUGAUGUGUGUGAAGCCAUGGCAAGUGCUCAGCCGGGGGUCCAUGCAUUGAAACUCCAGCCUCCCUCCGUCUCCAACACGCUGAGGAGCGGAAGCAACUUCAUUAAAUGGGAUGAGGAUCUCUCGACUGUGACUCCAGUGACUCUUUAUGUGGAUCCACAUGGAUUUUACCUAUACUGGACUGACCAGAACAAGGACACAGAAUUGUUAGACCUGACCUUCGUAAAGGAUGUCAGAACGGGGAGAAGCACCAAAACACCCAAGGAAGCCAAGCUGCGGGAGCUGCUAGAUGUGGGAAACCUUGUUGGUCGGCUGGAGAAUCGCAUGGUUACCGUGGUUACAGCCUCAGACCUUGUAAACGUCAACCAGCUCAACUUCAUUGCCUCACAGGAGGAUGAAGCCAAGGUGUGGUGUGAGGAAUUGUUUUCUCUGUCUUCCAACCUGCUGAGCCAUAAUCUCAACAGAGACCAAAGUCUGCUGAAAGAGUACGUCUUGUUAACUCUAAAGCCAAAUGCAGAAGGAAGAAUUCCUGUCAAAAACAUUGUUCGGCUGUUUUCCGCAGACAGAAAGAGAGUAGAGAAUGCCCUGGACAACUGCAAACUACCAUAUGGACGGGGUGACAGUAUUAAACUGGAGGACUUCACCCUUGAAGUUUACCGCAACUUCUUGGACAGCCUGUGUCCUCGUCCUGAGCUCGGCAGCAUCUUCAAAUUGCAAGGAGCUGAUAACGGGGGGAUGUCCGUCGAUCAGAUGACGGAGUUCAUCAACAACAAGCAGAGAGACCCAAGGCUCAACGAAAUCCUCUACCCUCCUCUUCGUCCGGCGCAGACACACUCUCUGAUGGAGCGGUACCAGCACGAUCAGGCACAGCUGAAGCAAGGCAUGAUUUCUCUCCAGGCCUUCUCCAGUUAUCUGUCCAGUGAUGAGAAUGGAGUCAUCCCACCUGAGAAACUGGAUCAGUCUGAGGACAUGAACUUCCCCUUGUCUCAAUAUUUUGUGAAUUCAUCACAUAAUACAUACCUGACAGCGGGCCAGUUGGCAGGUAGCUCUUCUGUGGAGAUGUACAGACAGGUUUUGCUGGCGGGCUGUCGCUGUGUGGAAUUAGAUGUGUGGAAAGGACGAACUGCUGAGGAGGAACCGGUCAUCACUCACGGGUUCACUAUGACAUCAGAAAUCUCUUUUAAGGAGGUGAUUGAAGCCAUCGCAGAGUGUGCCUUCAAGACUUCACCGUUCCCUGUCAUCCUGUCUUUUGAAAACCAUGUAGAUUCUUUGAAGCAGCAGGCUAAAAUGGCCGAAUAUUGUCGAUCCAUUUUUGGAGAAGCUCUGCUGAUUGACCCCCUGGACAAAUAUCCUCUGGAAGCUGGCAUCCCACUGCCCAGUCCUCAGGAGCUGAUGGGCAAAAUUCUCAUCAAGAACAAGAAAUCUCACAAACCCUCCAACAACACAGACACCAAGAGGCUGAUCGACCAACCUGCCAAUCAGAGCAACGAACCGGUGUCUCCUAGCAACAACACAGGAGAGAUGGAGGCUGAGAGUGAGGAAGACGAUGAUGAUGAAGAUGAUGAUGGUAAAAAGGGCUCAGCAGAGAGAGAGGCAAUAGCUACGGAGGAAAUGUCAACUUUGGUAAACUACGUCCAGCCAACCAAGUUCAACUCCUUUGAAGCAUCAAAGAAGGCAGCUCGUUGUUACCACAUGUCCUCCUUUGUGGAGACCAAAGCUUUGGAGCACCUCACCAAGUCACCAGUGGAGUUUGUAGAAUACAAUAAAUCCCAGCUAAGCCGCAUCUACCCGAAAGGAACCAGAGUGGACUCGUCAAACUUCAUGCCUCAACUUUUCUGGAAUGCUGGAUGUCAGCUGGUGGCGCUCAACUACCAAACUAUUGAUUUGUCCAUGCAGCUGAACCUCUUCAUGUUUGAGUACAAUGGUCGCAGCGGCUACAGACUGAAGCCGGAGUUUAUGAGGCGUCACGACAAGCACUUUGACCCUUUCACAGAAAACACAGUGGAUGGAAUCGUAGCAAACACCCUCUCUGUGAAGGUCAUUUCAGGCCAGCUUCUGACUGAUCGGAGGGUGGGUGUGUACGUGGAGGUGGAGAUGUUUGGACUUCCUGCAGACACCAGGAGGAAAGCUCUGAAGACCAAAACCUCUCAGAACAACAACGCAGUCAAUCCAGUGUGGGACGAAGAGCCGAUCAUCUUCAAAAAGGUGAUUCUUCCCACUCUGGCCUCCCUGAGAAUUGCUGCCUUUGAGGAAGGAGGGAAGUUUAUUGGUCAUAGAAUUAUUCCAGUGUCUGCCAUCAGACCAGGUUAUCGUUACAUCGGCCUGAGGAACGAGAAGAAUCAGUCUUUGAUCCUACCAGCUGUGUUUGUCUACAUUGAAGUCAAAGACUACGUCCCGGAUACUUUUGCAGAUGUGAUUGAGGCUCUGUCCAACCCGAUCCGAUACGUCAACCUCCUGGAGCAGAGAUCCAAACAGCUGGCAGCUCUGACUCUGGAGGAUGGAGAAGAGGACGCUCAGACUGAGGAUGAGACUGAAAACACCACAGAACGUAAGAGUGAUCUGAAACCAGCUCCUCUGGAAAAUGGGCUCAGUCCCACCUCUGGCCCAGCAGGCCACACCCCUGUUGCCACGACACCCAAGGCCACUGCAGCCAAUCAGCAAGCAGUGACGACAGAUGCAGCCAAACCAGCAGCAAAGACAGAAGACCUGGUUUUAAGUGUUUUGAUAGAUGUUCCAGCAUGUAGCUUGGAGAGUCUGCAGCAGUCCAAAGUUUACCAGAAGGAGCAGCGACGGCAGUUUAAGGAGCUGAAAGAAUUGGUGAGGAGACACCAGAAGAAAACAUCAGAGCUCCUCCGAGAGCUCAACAACAAGUACAAGAAGACGACGAGACAGUGCAGUAAAAACAGGGGCUCAUGUUCAGAUGGUGAGAAAGACGACCGUCUCCAGCAGCUGAGAGAUGAACAGCAACAGCAGCUUCUGGCUCUGAGGCAGGAACAAUACUACAGUCAGAAAUACCUACAGAGAGAACACAUUAAAACGCUGACAGAAAGACUGAGUAGUCUGGCGGAGGAGAGUCACAACAUCCAGAUGAAGAAACUCAAAGAUAUCUGUGACAAGGAGAAAAAGGAGUUGAAGAAGCAGAUGGAUCGAAGAAGAACAGAGAAGAUCAACCAAGCUAAGACUAAAGAAAAACAUCUGGCUGAGGAGGAGAAGAUUGAGAUCAAUAAGUCUUAUGUCAAUGAAGUCGUCCAGAACAUAAAACGGCUCGAGGAAACUCAGACGAAGCGCCACGAUCAGCUGGUGGAGCAGCACAAUGAGCUUCUGCAGGAGAUACAAGAUCAGAAACCAAAGCUGCAGGCAGCUGUGGAGGCAGAGUUUCAGGAAAAAUUUGAACGUUUACCUGGAGAGAUUCGAGACUUCCUGCAGGACAGGAAGCUGGAGGGCAGAGGUCAAAGCAAGUCCCGGCCAUCAACCCCUCACGAAAUUCUGUCAGAGGAGGACUGAAGAGAAAAAAGCAGGGAGGGACGAGUGUGAUGUGAUGAAGACGCAUCAGUGACUCUAUAGAUGAUCAGAUUAGAAGAAAGUCAGAAGUGAUGCCAGAAUAAAUUAUCCAGAUUAUAGAGACUGUUACUUUUCAUUUAAGAAGAUGAAUGCUUUAACAGGUUUUUUUUAUCCCAUAUUAGCAUGCACUUUGUUGUAUUUCCUCAUUUUAUCAGAAAUCAUUUAUUCAUCAAUUAUUUUGACAAAAUAACCUAAAUCCAACAGUUUUUACUGCAUGACAUCUAUCUAUCUAUCUAUCUAUCUAUCUAUCUAUCUAUCUAUCUAUCUAUCUAUCUAUCUAUCUAUC